AUGGCAUCAUCAACCAACAAUCUUGUACAAUGUUGUUAUCUUCAAAAGAAUCAUAUUCAAACCGCGAAAAAGAACGCUUUCAAGGCGGGUUUCUUGGUAUCUGGCUCGAGAAACGGAAAGUUCUUGAGACAGUCGUUUAAGGUGAAGGCGAACGUUGGGAGUUCUGGUAAAGGGGUCGAAACGGUGAAUGGGAAGAAGGUGAAUGGGGUGCAUUUAGGUGAUCAGAGAGGGAUAGGUGUUAAAGAUUGUAGCUUUGAAGAGCCCGAUGAUCGCGGGGUUCUUUUAGGUAGAUUUGUUGAGAAUCGAUUUGUUUAUCGACAAACGUUUGUUAUUAGAUCUUAUGAAAUCGGACCAGAUAAGACCGCCACCAUGGAAACGUUGAUGAAUCUUCUACAAGAAACGGCCCUUAAUCAUGUAACAAGUGCAGGUCUUGCCGGAAACGGCUUCGGUGCGACCCACGAAAUGAGCCUUCGGAAACUGAUAUGGGUCGUGACUCGGAUCCAAGUUCAAGUCGAAAAAUAUAGCUCAUGGGGGGACGUAGUUGAAAUCGAUACGUGGGUAAACGCGGCUGGGAAAAAUGGAAUGAGACGAGACUGGAUUAUACGUGAUUUCGUCUCCCAGAAAAUUAUAACUAGGGCUACAAGUACAUGGGUGAUCAUGAACCGAGAAACGAGAAGGUUAUCCAAGAUCCCAGAUGAAGUUCGAAACGAAGUGACACCAUUUUAUCUGGAUAGAAGUGCAAUUGCAACGGAAAAGAUCGAUCACGAAAAGAUCGAGAAACUUACGGAUGAAACAGCUGCAAGAAUUCGGCCCGGUUUAGCACCAAGUUGGAGUGACAUGGAUGCUAAUCAACAUGUAAAUAAUGUGAAGUACAUAGGCUGGAUUUUAGAGAGUGUACCAAUGAAAGUUCUAGAAGAGUACAACAUGGGAUGCAUAACACUGGAAUACAGAAGAGAAUGUCGUCAAUCUGAUAUGUUGGAUUCCUUAACAAGCAUGAAAACAAGGCACAACAAAAGUACAACUUCCAAUGCGUAUGGUACAACUCCAACAACACCACAUUUGGAAUGCACACAUUUGCUUAGAAUGCAACAUGAUACAGCUGAAAUUGUCCGAGCAAGAACCGUAUGGAUUUCAAAAUAUUAA